AUGGGUGCUCACCACCGGCAGCCACGGUCGAGGCCAGGGCAAGCGCUGAGCUCAGUGCCGGACACGCGGCUCUUGCCUUGGCCACGUCCCCAAAAGGCGCUGGUUGCGUCACCGGGGCAGAGCCACCAGCCCCUGGCACGUCCCGUCCCCCCUCGCAGCUGCAAAAGCAAACGGCCGAGCGAGCGUGUCCGUCCGUCUGUCCGGGGCUGCGUUCGGGCUGCGGUCGGGGUCGCCGCCAUCCUCAACCUCAUGGCACUGCUGCCCGUGGUCACCUUCCCCUGCAGAGCCCCCCGCCCACAGCACCCCGACAACACCACGGACAACACCACGGCAUCGAAGCUGCUGGGGACGUGGCUGUACGUGGCUGGGGCUGCCCAGUUCCCCCAGCACCUCCUGGAGCUGCUGCUCAUCGACCACGGCCACCUCGACGUGGAGCCCCGUGCCAGGGAGCGGGAGCUGCUCAUCACCCAGCGCGUGGCCGUGGGGGACCAAUGUCUCACCAACAACUCCACCUACUUUGAAAUCAGGGCUGGGAACACCACGCUGGUGAAGCACGCCAAGACCCAGCAAACUGUGGGGACACUGAUGAACCUCAGCUCUGAAGACCUUUUACUCAUCCAGUACCAACUGCAAAGAGAAAGGACGUAUUUGGGACUGUAUCUCUAUGCCCGAAACCUGAGUGUGAGCACAGCUCACCGGGAAGAGUUUGAGCACCAAGCCAAGCGCCUGGGGCUGAGCCAAGAGGAGAUCGUGUACGCGCCGUGGAAAACGGAGCUGUGUCAAACCAAAGAAGAUGACAAACGAAACAGCCCGUGCACGGAGCCCGCGGCUGCGGUCACAGCGUCACCUCCUCCAGGGACACAGCAGCCUGGAAGGGCGGGUAACGAACACCACCCGAGGCAAUAA